UCGGAAUUCGAAAGGAAAGAAAAAACGGAAGGUGAAAAGCCAACUCAACUUUCUAUUUAGCAAACAAGAAUCCUCCCCUCCGGCCAAAUAUAAAACGAAGCCGCUCCCCGCUCUGUCUCCUCCAGUUCUCACUCCCUUCACCAUCAACAAUCGCCGUAUUCGUUUCUCUCCGGGAGCUCAGCAACCGCCGCGAAGUUUGUUGAAAUAUCCGAUUCCGGGAAGCUCCUCUCUGGCGGUUACGAAGGUUGGCGCGGAUUAGGUUUGUAGUAGCAUUCUGAAGUUCGUGGAGCAUCAGAGUGGUGGAUAUUGAUCGCUGUUGUUUACUUCAAUUUACCUCUAUGCAAGAUAUGUCGAAUGAAAGUGUGAGAAGGGUCUCACCCAGAGACAUACAAGUGGUUCAAAAUCUCAUAGAACGAUGUCUUCAGUUGUACAUGAACCAACAGGAAGCUGUCCAAACCUUAUUGGCUCAGGCAAAGAUAGAGCCUAGUUUCACAGAACUUGUUUGGAAAAAGCUUGAAGCAGAAAAUCGGGACUUCUUUGAUGCAUAUUAUCCGAGACUAAUAGUGAAGACCCAGAUAAUGGAAUUCAAUAAGUUACUUGAGCAACAAGUGGAGCUGAUGCAUCAUAUAAGUCCAACUGGAGUUGCUUCUAUUCCUAAUUCUAACGGGUCUCAGCUUCCACCAUUGCAUCAGAACUCCGCAUGCUAUGUCUCUGAGCAGGCAUGUGGUGCCUUGAGAUCAGAUAACAUACAACAUACACCCAUUUGUUCAAGCAUUCCCAAUUCAUUUACUAAUGGUGGAUCCUCACUCCAUUCGAGUAUGCAAACUGCUGUUGACAUUUCAGCUCAUGCAAAUAGAAUUGAUGCUUCAACAAACUUGCUUGCCAUUCAAACUACAAACUUGGGUAUGACGCAAGGAUUGAAUGGAGCCAUAAAAUCUGAAUCUGGUUACACAGGCACUUCUUAUGUGGUGGGCACUGGUGUAAAUGUCAUAGAAGCACGUCAAUCCAUUGCAGAUGCAUCGUUCGGCAGCGUAGAGUCCAGUUCACAAGCCAUUAAUGAGGCACUUAUUGAUCCAGACACAUCUUCUUUUGGAUUUUUGGGUCGGAUUCCUCGAAAUUUCAGUCUUUCAGAUCUGACUGCCGACUUUAAUCAGAGCUCAGAUAUACUAGAGAACUAUGUUAGAUCACCCUUCAUGGGUGCUGAAAAUGAUAACUUCUUGGAUUCUCGCGACAGAGAGCUUCAAGGGGACAGUCGAUUGGAUACUAUUUCUGAAGGAGUGAGUUAUCACAAUUUUGGAGCGGAGUAGGUGCAUAGUUCUAGGGUCCAGGUCAUAAGGCGAAGGAAAAAUUUCAAACUGUACAUGUAGCAUUGUGUAGGAUGGGGAUAGAGCUUCAGGUCUAGAUGAGUUUCUUCAAGGGUGCAUUUUCAAGGUUGUGUAGCAACUAGCAAUAACAAGAGUAACGCGUCGAGUGUGGCAAUUUAUGAUGAUACUACUCGAUAAUAGUGUGGCUAGCUAGAUUGGUUUGUGUCUUUCACCUCCUAUGGAAGAAUUUUGCCAUGAUACUGUUUCUAAGUAUAUUAGGGGUUUUAGAUGAGCUUGUAUAAAUGUUUGAAUAGCAGGUAUUUGCAGAGUUUUAACGAGUGUGCAACAAAGUGAAUAUUAUGUCACAAAGCUCUCUAAUGUCUCAACAUGGACAAAGCACCAACUCGCAAAUCUGAAGACGGAAACAUGGAGUGAAAAGGGGACAACUAAUCAACAAUCCUAUCAAAUCAGUAAACAAGGCGUGGCUCAAAUUCGGCCAAGUCCACGGAUCCAGACUCGAUGGGCGGCAUCAGGUACGCAGAUAUGAUCUCGGAAACCAGCGCUGCAACAAUAGGUACUCUCUUCAAGUUCUUCACCAAUGGAAUAUCGUCGGUCUCUCCUACAGCCAGCAGCUUCUGGUUUAUCUCCACCAUCCUGUCUAGCUUUCUCUUGAACUCCGGGUUCUCCACAUCCAGCACUGCCGGGAAUAUCCUGGCUGUCGUCCUGUUCGUCUGCAAAGAAGAACAAUCACAGCAUGUCAGCUUCCAGGAACCGAUAGCAGCCUCCGUGCGGCAGCAAAGCUAACCGUUGUUCGUUUCAAUUGACAGGGGAAAGGCCAUAUUGUUACCUCAAUGAUGACAUGCAUGUCGAAUUCUUUCGUGUUGAGUCCAAUCCCUUCAUAGAAAUCUGAUCUCUGACAGUCAUUGAGGUACAUCGUGACAUACACAGAGAGGCAGAAGAAGCGAGCCCAGAGCUUGGCCUUCCAGUCGUUGAGGAACUGCGGCUGAGCCUUCAUCAGCGCUGAGAAGAAAUCACCAUGACGAUUCUCAUCCUGGCACCAGUUCUCGAAGUACUUGAAGAUCGGGUAGCACUGGUACUCCGGAUUGGCCUUGAGAUGCCUGUAGAUGGUAAUGUACCUCCAGUACCCUAUCUUCUCCGACAGGUAGGUCGCGUAGAAGAUGAACUUCGGCUUGAAGAACGUGUACUUCCUCGCCUUUGUCAGGAACCCCAAGUCCAGUGCCAGGUUGAAAUCCGACAACCCCUUGUUCAGAAACCCUGCGUGCCUGGCUUCAUCCCUUGACAUGAGCGAAAAGAUCUCCGCCACCACUGGAUUGGUUUUCUGCAUCAUCGAAUCGAAACAAUCGAAUCGUUUCAGUCAGUUAAGAUUUCGCUAUGUUACCUCUACCAGUAGAACAGGCAUUGGGAUUGGUUGAGCUGUGAUUACUUACUUUCAGCCUCCUGCCGAGCUCUUUGUAGAGGAGGAACCCGGAGAACUCGGCGGUGCAGGAUCGCUCGAGGAACUCGACGAAGAUCUGGCGGAGAGGGCCUUGCAUCUUGUCGGCGGCUUCCUUGAACUCCUUGUUCCUGACGAAGUGGGUCUGGUUGUAAUCGGUCUUGAACUCCUGCAGCAGGGCUUCGAACUCCUCCUGGUUCAGCUGCUUGUUGAUCUCCGAAUUGAACAGCGUCUCCAUCUCGUCGAAGUCCGUGGUGUAGAACCGCGGGGUCAGCAGCGUCUCCUUUAUCGCCGUCUUUUGCAGCUUCUUCUUGGUCCCGCCGCCGCUGGCGGUGGUAGAGGUGGCCGACAUUCUGAUGGAGCAGAACGACAGUCUGCUGCUGCUUCUGGAAGUGGUGGUGAAUUUGGAGAUGAUGGGUUUUGCCAGGGCCAUCUCUGCCGCCAUUGUUGUGGCUGGUGUUCAGGGUGGGGGAAGAUUGCUGGAGCUGGAGAAGGGAGUGGAAAAUGGGAAAUGGCGAUGGGAAAGCUUAUAAUUGGUGGGGGAAGAUGAUUAAAAUUCUCAUCCACUGGAAAUCUACUAGAGUUUAUGUGAGCGCUACACGUGGCCAAGGGUUAUUGGCGGGGCUCGAUUUGCCAGUUUGCCACAAGUGGCUGUGGCGAUAGACUGUUGUCGUCGCCCAUUUGUGCAAAAUCUCACCUCCCGUGGUUGGCUGGAGUCUGGACGCCAUAAGAUUUCCAACAACCCUUAAUUUCCCUAAAAAAAAAAUUGAAAUGUUAUCGUACUCUUUACAAGUAACCAAUAG